AUGUCGAAUACAGAUAAAAACCCUAAAGCUGGCAAAAACGUACGUGUUGCCGUCAGGAUAAGACCGAUGAAUAAUAAUGAGAUUGCUGAGAAGGCUCGUUGUUCACUUACGGCAAAUGCUCGUAAACGAACUAUUGCUGUGAUUGAUCGGGGAGUCAAUAAGGAAUUUGGGCCAUUUGAUAAGGUUUGA